AUGUCUCGGUGGGAAAAUUCCUGUGCGGUGCCCGCCACUUCCCCUUGGCUGCCUCAGCCCCAAAAUGCAACAAGGGCCUCUUUGGGCACCUUCCUGAGCCCUCCUCCGGCCCCCAGCCAGUUCCUGCCCCCGCAUCUGUUUCCUGCCCCCCUCGGAGCUCUGGACGCCAGCCUGGGCAUCCUGGGGGAAUCGGCUCCACAGGACGGAGGAGCCCAGGGCCAGGACCCAGGCUCCCCUCUCUCUCACUCUGUGCCCGCCGUGACCCUUCUGCCUCCUCACGCCUUGCCAGGGGCCCAGAGUCAAAGUGCAUCCUUGGGGCCGAUGGCGGCGGCAGCAGCAGCAGCAGCGGGCCUGAGCCCGGAGUCCCCUUCCCAGCAGCAGCCCCACCCACCCUGCCCGAAGUCAGCCCCGGGCCCUGGCACCCUGGGGGACCCCCACUUUGGGACCAGAGAGGCUGCCUCCCAGGGGCUGCUGGGUAAACGCCGGAGACUGGCCGAAGGGGGCUGGAGUGCCUCCCCUGCUGGCCCCUCCCCCUUGGCCCUCCCCGAUGCCCUGGCGCAGCCACCUCCGGUGACCCUCGAGUCCCUUCACCGUUCGCUGGAAGACUUGCGCAUCUCUGUCCUCCGCAACCUUGGGGCUGUUCAUAGGCAGAUGGAGGCCCUGGAGAAGAGGAUCCACACGCUGGAGCGCUGGCGGGCAGAGACGGAGGGGCGCCAGCAGCUGCCACCACCGUAGCUGAUGGCCGGGCUCCCUUCCUCCCCUUGUACAGACGCCCUGUUCUAAGGACGGUUCCGCCUUUGCUUCCCUUUGUAUU